AUGGCGCUUGAGAUCCUCUCAGCGGUUACGCAUGCCCCAUACGCGGCGGGCUUCUUUUUCCUUGCUUUGUCUUACUUCGUCGUCUAUCCUCUUGUUGUGUACUUCAAGGAUACCAAAGGCCUCCGAAAAUUUCAAAACUUUAGCACUUUUUCCGGCAUUUCAAAUAUUCCUUUCAUGAUCCUGGCCCGUACGGGCGCUCGGUCAACUCACCUCACCCACCUCCACAAGGAGAAAGGCCCCAUUCUCCGCACCGGUCCCAAUACCCUUUCCUUCAGCGACGUCCGUGCCAUCAAGGAUAUCUACGGCCACGGAACCCCUUGUGUCAAGGAUGAGUCGUACGACUUGACGGCUGGCUCCCACUUCCACCUUGCCGAUGUCAUUGAUAAGCACGACCAUGCCAGAAAGCGCAAGGUUCUGUCUUCUGCCUACGCCUUGAAAAACCUCGAGGGGUGGGAACACAAGGUCGCGGAUAAGGUUGACAGACUGUUCAAGCAGCUGGAUAAGCGUUGCACUGGGCCGCUCCCCAAGGGCCAGAUGUUCCCUGAGCCCAAGGACCUCACGGUUGACUACCGCAAGUGGACAAACUUCUUCACCCUUGACGCCAUUGCCGACAUUGGUCUUUCCGAGCGCCUGGGCCUUCUUGAUCGCGGCCACGAUAGAGUUAUUGCGCAGCGCAAGGAUGGAAGCACGUGGGAAGUCGGCCUGCGGGAAUCCCUCUACCCCACAGCUCGCAAGCAGUCACUGCUUGUCUGGUCGUACGACUACUACAAGUUGAUCGAUAAGCUCUCUAACCUCAUCCCCUACUACCGCAACAUGACAAAUGCCUCCAAGGGCUGGGAUGGUAUCGUGCUUCAGCUCUCCUCUCUGCGACUUAAGCGCUACAACGCUGGCGAAAAGCUUGACGACUUCUUCCAGGCCCUUAUGGAGAGCAAAAACGGCGAGGCCAACAAUCUAGAAUGGGGCGAGAUUGUCGCGGAAAUCAACAUCAUGAUGAACGCCGGCAGCGUCACCACUGCCAUCGCCAUUGCAAACGUCCUCUACCAGCUGCUAAAGAACCCCGAGUACCUCCGACGUCUGCGUGAGGAGGUCGACAGCGUCCUUGAUCCCGAUGAGGUUAUUGCUCCUUACGACAAGGUUAAGCAUCUGCCCUACCUCCGAGCUUGCCUCGAUGAGUCCCUCCGCCUUUUCCCACCAACGCCCCACGGCCUGCCACGCAAGACGCCUCCCGAGGGAAUGUACAUCAUGGGAGAGUGGGUGCCGGGUAACACCACAGUCAGCAUGUCGGGAUUCGUUGCUCAUCGGGACGAGAUGAUCUUCCCUGAGGCCGACAAGUACUUGCCGGACAGAUGGCUUGGCGAAAAGGGCAAGGAACUCCAGCCCUACUUCCUUGCCUUCUCUGCCGGAGCAAGAGGUUGCAUUGGCCGCAACAUUUCAUAUCUGGAACAGGCUGUGCUGUUGGCUUCCGUAGUCCAUAGGUACGAGUUUGCGCUGCCACGGGACUUUGUGAUUCAAAGGGAGGAGACGAUGAACUGGCUCUUGGGAGAGAUGCCUGUUAAGAUCUGGAGGCGGCAAUUGGAAACUGAGGACAACUAG